AUGGCUGCUCAGUGUGACUCUUUGAGCGGGUAUUUGCAGCAGCAGCAGCAGUCUGACCAGGGCUCCAACAGCGAGCGAAGCACAGACUCUCCUCUGCCCGGCUCUGAGGACGACAUGAGCGGACCGCAUCCCCUGCCAGACCCGGAGUGGAUGGAGGAGAGGUUUCGAGUGGACCGGAAGAAGCUGGAGGUCAUGCUACUAGCCGCCUCGGAGGGGAGAGUCAACGGCGGGGAGGAUUUCUUUCAGAAGAUCAUGGAUGAAACCCAAACACAGAUCGCCUGGCCGUCCAAACUGAAAAUAGGAGCCAAAUCCAAAAAAGAUCCUCACAUCAAGGUGUGCGGGAAAAGGGACAACGUGAGAGACGCAAAAGAACGAAUCAUGUCUGUUCUGGACUCAAAGAGUAACAGGGUGACUCUGAAGAUGGACGUGUCGCACACUGAACACUCCCACGUCAUCGGGAAAGGAGGCAACAACAUCAAGAGAGUGAUGGAGGAGACGGGCUGUCAUAUCCACUUCCCCGACUCCAACCGCAACAACCAGGCGGAGAAAAGCAAUCAGGUGUCCAUCGCAGGUCAGCCAGGAGGAGUGGAGGCAGCGCGGGUAAAAAUAAGGGAGCUGCUUCCGCUGGUCUUGUCAUUUGAGCUUCCAGCCAUCAUGCAAGCGGACCCCAGCUCGCCCACUGUCCAGCACAUCUCACAAACCUACAACCUCACGGUGUCCUUCAAACCCCCCACUCGCCUCUACAGAGCCACCGGAGUGGUGCGUGGAUCACAGAACAACUCCCAUGCAGUCAAGAGAGGCACCGCUCUGCUGCUGGAGCAUCUGGCCGGCAGUCUGGCCAACACCAUCUCAGUCACCACCCACCUGGACAUCGCCCCCCAGCACCACCUCUUCAUGAAGGGACGCAACGGCAGCAACAUCAAGCACAUCACCCAGAGGACCGGGGCUCAGAUCCACUUCCCGGACCCCAACAGCCCCCAGAAGAAGUCCACCGUCUACAUCCAGGGCACCAUCGAGUCUGUGUGCCUGGCACGCCAGUACCUCAUGGGCUGCUUGCCGCUGGUUUUAAUGUUCGACAUAAAGGAAGAUAUCGAUGUGGAGCCUCAGUGUAUCACCGCGCUGAUGGAACAACUGGACGUUUUUAUCAGCAUAAAGCCCAAACCCAAACAGCCAAGCAAGUCGGUGAUUGUGAAAAGCGUGGAGAGAAACGCCGUGAACAUGUACGAAGCCCGGAAGUUUGUCCUGCGGCUGGAGAGCAACGGCGUGUCCUGCUCGCCGCCCCCCAUGACCGUGAACCCCGCCCCCAACGGCCCCUCCCCUUCCCUCAUCUGCCCUGUUGGCCUGGACAUCCUGGCCUCAGCUGGACUGGGGCUCAGCAAUCUGGGUUUUCUGAGUGCAUCGGCCUCACACUCUCUCAGCAGCUCUCCUAAUGCACUGCUCAACAGUUUGAACAGCUCCAUGAGUCCCCUGCAGACCCCCCCCAGCGCCCCUGUGCACGCCGCCUCCAUGUGGCCCAGCUCGCUCAGCACCCAAGCCUUCUCAUCCCAGCUCAUGCUGCACCCGGCAACACAGGCCACUCUCAGCAGUAUCCUGUUGUCAGGGGUACAGGGGUACACACAGAACACCCCAUCCCCCCCGCCCGGCCUCGCCCCCAUCGACAAGCAGUCCAACGGGGUCCCCGACUGCGCUAAGACCUGCUCGCUCAACGGACACGUCAAACACCCCUCAGUGUUCACCAGGAUCACCACCGCAUCACUGGCAGAAACCGUCCUGAGUCCUCCUCCAUGUGACCCAGUGCAGGAGGCCAGCGGGCACAACCCUUCUGAGCCACUGUCCAGCAAGUCCAACCCAGAUGAAGGCUCGGACACAUUUGUGGAAGUGGGCAUGCCCAGGAGCCCCUCGCACUCUGCCAACGGGAGUGAGCUGAAGCAGAUGUUGGCCUCAUGUAAAACGUCGUCAGGGAAAAGGCAGGCGGUGGAACUCCUGCAGGGGACAAAGAACUCGCAUUUACACUCAGAUUGCCUUCUGUCAGAUGCAGAGUCCAGUUCGUCGGACAGCCCUGUGGCCGAUAAGAAAGCUCCGGGGAGUGAGCGCGCUGCGGAGAGGGCCGCGCAGCAAAACGAACGCGACAGGAUCCGCCUGGGGCCGCAGACGUCCUUCGCUAACAUGCAGGCGUUUGACUAUGAACAGAAAAAGCUGUUGGCAACGAAAGCCAUGUUGAAGAAGCCCGUAGUGACCGAGGUGCGGACCCCGACCAACACUUGGAGUGGACUGGGUUUCUCUAAGUCGAUGCCAGCAGAGACCAUCAAGGAACUGAGGAGGGCCAACCAUGUGUCGUACAAGCCCAGCAUGAGCACCACAUACGAGGACUCGCCGCUGUCCCUGUCGCGCUCCAACAGUCGCGAAGGCAUCGGAAAUGGCAGCGACUCAGAUAACUGGAGAGAGAGGAACGGCACGGCUAAUGGGAUGGGUCACAACGAGUUCUCCAGUGCCAUGAGCAGCCCCAAGAGGAAGCAGAACAAAUCUGAGCAUUACCUGAGCAGCAGUAACUACAUGGACUGCAUCUCCUCCGUAACCGGUAGCAACGGCUGCAGCCUCAACUGCUCCACGAAAGGCUCCGAUCUGCCCGAGCUCUUCAGCAAGUUAGGAUUAGGCAAAUACACAGACGUCUUCCAGCAACAAGAGAUUGAUCUUCAGACAUUUUUGACACUUACUGACCAGGACCUGAAGGAGCUGGGCAUCACAACUUUUGGAGCACGAAGGAAAAUGCUGCUUGCCAUUUCAGAACUGAACAAAAACCGGAGGAAGCUGUUCGAGCCGCCCAUCAGGUCCUCGUUCCUCGAGGGAGGGGCGAGCGGGCGCCUGUCCCGUCAGUUCCACGACAUGGCCAGUGUCAGUGGGCGAUGGUAG